AUGCCAAUUUUAAAGAUUGAAUUCUUCGAACAAAGACGUGAGCUUGAAAGUAAUGCUAUAGCAGCAUCAAUCGUCGAUGGAAUCAUCACUACGGUUAUAGAAGAUAGUAUAGAGCAUAAAACUUGCCAGGAAUUGGAAAAUUGCCCUUCUGCAAGUUUUUUAACAAAUAUCACCACGAAUCCAAAUCUUCUGAAAUCAGGUCGUUUAUUAGAAUUUGUACCUUUAAAUGAAUUAAAGAAAUUAAGGGACUAA